GAGAGCUGGUGGUGUUCCCAGAAAACACAACAUAAAGGCACCAGAUCCAUGUGGGUUAUCCAACCCCAAGGGCAUUGUCUUAAAUUCUGUGAUAUUUGUGGAAUACGGGGAGAUGCUCCUCGCUUUACCCCUGUGAGAGGAGGUUAAAGCUCUUUAGCAGAGGAUUGAGGCUUUCCGUUGGGCUGAAGCUUCCGAAGGGAAGCGGCGGAGAUCGAGUGAGCCUCUUGCCGCUCUGUUCGCUUAAAUACUUGGCUGUGUUCCUUGUGAAGCCUGAAAAUAGGAUAAAAACCACUGCUGUAGACCCACAGUUUCACACGCUCUCUGCUCUUUCCGGCAAAACCAGACCUGAUUUACCCUUGAAAAGAUAGGAACGUUAGGAUAAUGAUUAGCAGUUAUAAUUCAAUGCUUCAUAGGUGUUUUUUAACCUGUAACUAUAAAGGUGCUUUCUUACCAGUUUUAGUACCUGUCUGGCUUUCUAAAGAGGGGAUUUGAGGAUCAGGAUGUGCUGGAAUGUGGUCUGUUAAUUCCCAGAAAGGGAUUUCUCUGCUUUUUCUGCCUUUCCUCGCUUUUCCUCCUUUGCCUACAGAAGUAUUGAUGGGAAUAAUGUUGUUUUUCAUGUGGCAUAAAUGACUGGGAACAUCUUAGCCUCCGACCUGAGCGAUGACACAGCCCCACUGCCACUUUGCCGUUGUGGAUUUUUGUUUCUGAGCCAAAAGUUUGGGCAAGGAGGAGGGCUCUGUGCGAUAUAGAUCACAUAUUCCGUUCUUGAUAGGGUCAGGAAAAUUAAAAAGCUCAAGCUAUGGCUGUCUGACAGGGGAAUUCCAAGGAAAAUCAUUCCAGGAGUUUGCAAAAGGGUAGAUGUCACUGUUGCUAGCGGCGAAACGGAGUCAUUAUCUUCCUGCUCAUUCCCUAUUUCCAUCUCUUGCCCGGUUUCGAUUGGGCCCAGAUCGCUGCGACUUCUCUCCGAGCAGGAUGAUUUCCGCAGUCGAGAAGAGGGAGUUGUACAAGUUGGGCUCUCAACUGCAGGUUUCUGGGUGAAAAUAAUGCAUCCAUGGCACCGAGCCGUGUGGGAUCUCACUCCAGGCUGCCUGUGCCCGGGAAGUUUGCCAUGGACAUUACCGGAUCGGUGUAGUUGGCUGCGAUUAGAUCUCGGCAGCGCUGCCUGCGGUUUUGUGGCUAUACCUGUAUCCCUCUGAUGAGUGAUUUAUGCACAGAGGUUUAGGCGUAGCUGUAAGGAUUCCUGGAGGAUGUUGGAGGAACUUGGAAGCGAAGCCACUUGGAAGGCAGGGAAACCUCCCAUGGUGGAGCUUGCGCGUUGCUUCUGCAUCACCGUUGGCGUGUGAAGAUCCAACCCGAGGAACUCCUCAUGGGAAAGCCUUGGCUCCGCUGGUAUAUCCUUAUGACUUCAGGCUAACGGAGAAAGAGAAAACAAGUAUCUGCUACUUGUCCUUCCCCGACUCCUACUCAGGUGGCCUGGGGGACACCCAGUUUAGCUUCCGCCUUCGUCAGUCCCGGGGGCAGCGGAGCACUCAGUACGAAGAUGAUGGCGAGUACAACAGAGAAGCGCCUCUAACGCUCCAGCGGGAAUCAGCUCAUUACUUCGGGUACGUGUACUUCAGGCAGGUCAAGGACAGCUCCAUGAAGAGAGGUUAUUUUCAGAAGUCUCUGGUGCUGGUGUCACGCCUUCCGUAUGUAAACUUAUUCCAGUCGUUGCUGCAGCUGAUCGCUCCGGAAUACUUCGACAAGCUGGAGCCGUGCUUGGAGGCCGUGUGCAACGAGAUCGAUCAGUGGCCGCCUCCUGUGCCAGGACACACCCUGAACCUGCCCGUGAUGGGAGUCGUCAUUCAGGUGAGAAUCCCAUCGAGGGUGGAUAAGCCAGGAUCGAGCCCGGUGAAGCAGUUCAAUCAAGAGAAUCUGUUACCAGCUCCACUGGUUCUCCCCAGUAUCCAUGAACUGGAUCUUUUCAGGUGUUUCCAGCCAGUGCUCAUUCACAUCCAGAUGCUGUGGGAGCUGAUGUUACUGGGAGAGCCGAUUGUUGUAAUGGCACCAUCCCCAACGGUUUCCUCGGAAAUGGUUCUGGCGCUUACCAGCUGCCUUGCCCCUCUGCGGUACUGCUGCGACUACCGCCCCUACUUCACCAUCCACGACAGCGAGUUUAAGGAGUACACCACCAGGACGCAAGCUCCGCCAAACAUUGUCGUAGGAGUCACAAACCCUUUCUUUAUCAAAACUCUUCAACACUGGCCGCACAUUCUCCGGGUUGGGGAGCUCAGAAUGUCAGGAGAUCUGCCCAAGCAAGUCAAGGUGAAAAAGCCAGCGAAACUAAAAACUCUAGACACAAAACCAGGAAUCUACACUUCGUAUAAAACCUUCCUGCACAAAGACAAAACCCUGAUAAAAAGAUUACUAAAGGGGAUCCAGCGGAAACGCCCCUCCGAGGUCCAGAGUGCACUGUUGAGACGUCACCUCCUGGAGCUCACCCAGAGUUUCAUUAUCCCACUGGAACAUUAUAUUGCAAGUUUGAUGCCUCUCCAGAGGGCCAUUACUCCAUGGAAGAAUCCUCCACAGAUUCGUCCAUUCCGUCAGGAAGAUUUCAUGAAGACCCUUGAACAUGCUGGUCCCCAACUCACCUGCGUACUUAAGGGUGACUGGUUAGGCCUUUACAGGCGUUUCUUCAAAUCUGCCAACUUCGACGGUUGGUACCGUCAGAGGCACAAGGAGAUGACCCAGAAACUGGAGGCCCUUCACUUGGAGGCCAUCUGUGAAGCGAACAUUGUGGCCUGGAUGAAGGACAAGUCUGAGGUGGAGAUUGUAGACCUGGUGCUAAAACUGCGUGAGAAACUGGUGAGAGCCAGGUGCCAGCACCUCCCCGUGAAGGAGGAAACUCUGCAGCGGGUGGGCCUCUACAUCGAGACCAUCAUCGGUUCCUUGCCUGAGGAUCUCCAGGCUGUGCUGCACCACCACUGAGCUCACCGAAGGGACUUUGUUGGAGAAGGAAGGGCCGUCCCACCUUGCUCCGAGCUGUGGGCAAGCUGCAGUUGCGUUUGGAAAGGAAAGUUCUUCCCUGAUCCAACCAACGUGACCUGCUCUGGACCUUGCUGACAAACACGUGCCGUUUUGAGCAAGUGAGGGUCAGAAUUGAGGCAGAAACAGGGAACUGUAGGCGCUGUUCUAACUAUUCCUGCUUUGAGGAGUUGGAUGAGGGGACUGGGAAUGAGAAACCGCUCCGUGCGUGGCUGGUAGGAGGUCGGAAAGGGACAGCCAGGCUCCCAGCAGCAUGCCGCAGGCUGUGCAAAACAUCUAUUGCCCGUUUAUUUACGCCCACUUCUGUCUAGCGUUUGGGCUCACAACAUUUCAAUGCCAUCACCCUGCCUGGAAGAAGCAGGACCAGCCCUGGAUCAGGAGCUGCUUCCAGGACAGCUGAUCAUAACGAGAGAGACGCUAAUGCCCCACGUAGAAAUGACACGAAGAAAUUGCCUCUUCAGCAGCCCGACUCGUGCCAGCGGGAGCUUCAGGGAGAGAGAAGAUGAAUUGCUGGAGGUGGAAUGGUGUUUUUUUUCUCCUGGAGCAGAGACAGAGAAGGAUCUGGUGUGUUUGCAAAGCAUAGAGCUUUCCAUGCUGGGUGUGAGUGGCAACAGCAACUGGAGCUCCAUGGAGAGGAGCUGGCCUCCGAAUGGAGUUUAUUCUGCUUGAAAAAUCGAGUUUGGGCACUCUAAUCUUGUAUGAGAGAGCGAUAUUAUGAUUCUGUGGAGCUCUGCCUCGGGCAAUGGGAUGUUUAACGUGGUCAGCCCGUUUGCCCUUAAAAUAUGCCGAAGAACCUGGUUUUUACAGCCUGUGUCAUCCUCACCGAGUGGGAACGUGGGA